AUGGUUUCCAACAUGAGGGACGACAUCAGCGCCCUGGAGGUGAAGGAUCUCAUUCCGGAAGAAAAUGUUGUGAACGAACACACACUGAGAAUUAUGAACGAAGAGGGACUAUACCAUUCCGUCAGUGAAGCGGAGAAGGCCAUCAGCGGAGGAUUAAAGGAAUACACAUUGAGUAUAGAGAACAAGAAAAAAUCGAGAUUAAUAAUUGACAGGCUUAUUUUAGAAAAUUUUAAAAGCUACUCUGGGGUGAAGGUUAUUGGACCCUUCUACAAAAAGUUUAGUUGUAUCGUGGGCCCGAAUGGAAGUGGAAAGAGCAAUAUCAUAGAUGCUAUGUUGUUUGUGUUUGGACGUCGGGCGAAGAAGAUUCGACAGAACAAGCUGUGCGACCUAAUUCACAGCUCCAAGUAUUCCAUGCGCAAUGAAUAUACGAAGGUAUCCAUCCAAUUCAGAAUGAUCUCGGAGGGAGACCAUGAGGAUGAGCUAGGAAAGUGGGAAGGUCAAACGGAGGAGACGGAUCAGGUAUGCCAGACAGACCAGUUAGGCCAGACGGACCAGUUAGGCCAGACGGAUCGGAGUUUGUCUGAAGGAUUCACCAUCAGCAGAGAAGCGACGGUGGACAACCAAUCCAAGUAUCGCAUAAACGACAAGGUGGUAACACAGAAGGAGGUAUUCGAUCUGCUACUCCAAAAUGGAAUCGACCUACGGAACAAUCGUUUCCUCAUCCUGCAAGGUGAAGUGGAGCAAAUCUCACAAAUGAGCCCGAAAGGAACAAAAAACGAAGAAGGUCUCCUUGAAUAUUUGGAGGAUAUCAUAGGGACCAACUGCUACAUAGAAGAUAUAAAUAAAAGCUUAGAAGAGUUGGAAAGAAGUGAAGAAAUAUACCAUGAUAAAGUAAACCGACUGAAGCAUGUGUAUAACGAACUGAAAGAAUUGGCUGGACCGAAGAGGGAGGCAAAGUAUUACGUGCAGUUGCAAAAGUUUACAUAUAAACUAAAUAUAUUAAUUGUAAAGAAGGAAAAAUUCGAGCUAGCUAAAAGGAUUUUAAUAAAAGAAGAGGAGCUAGCCAAAUGCGUAAAAGAAAAAGAAGAACACAAUGUUAUGUAUGAAAGGUUACUGAGGGAGAGAAAAGAAAUGAAUACGAUUUUAAGUACCCUAGAAAAUGAAGAGAGCGAAAUUAUCAAAAGGAAGAACAAGGUAGACAACGAAUUCAAAAUAUUGAAUACUCAAGAUGAAAAUGUGAAAAAGGAGUUGUUGAUAGUUGUAGAGAAAAUGCAAAAUCUGUAUGUCAAGAGAGAACAACUCAGGGAGAAGGACAUCCCUCAGUACAAAAACAUAAUCGAAGAAAAACAAAAAAUAUUGAAUGUAUUAAAAAGAGAGAGCAUACCAAAAUUGGAAAGACAACUAGAAAAAUGUGAAGAGGAAAUGGAAAAAUACAAUGAAGAGAUUAAAGCAGACACAGAUAAAAUUAAUACAAUUUACUCAAACGAAGAGAAAAAACUAGCUCCUUUGCAAAAGAGUUAUGAUGAUUUAGUGAGAGUUACAUCUGAAUACGCCAAUAAGUCCAACCUAAUAGAAAAAAAACAAAAGGAAUUCUUGGCCCAUCAGGAAGAAUUGAAAUAUUUACAGGGAAAGCUGAUAAACGAAUUGAAGGAAAUGGAUGUACAGUUGAAACAUAUGAGUAAGGUGGACACAGAAAAGAGGAAAGCCAUACACGCGAAAGAAGAAUUACUAACCCAGAUAAACAUGGAAACAGAGCAAGUAACAAAUAAUCUUAUCAACCUUAGGGUAAAGUACGAAACGAUGAAGAAGGAACUGAACACUGAUAAAAGUAUGAACAAGUUACAUGAACUCAUUUACCAUUUGAAGAGAACAAAGAUUAAAGGGAUUCAUGGCGUUCUUGGUGACUUAGGAUCUAUAGAUCCAAAAUAUGAGAAAGCCUUUCUCAUCGCAGGAAAUAACUGCACCGACUUUGUUGUAGUGGACAAGCCACACGAUGCUGUGCUCCUCUUCGAACAAAUGCGCAAGCAUAACCUUGGGCGUGUGAACGUUUUGUCUCUCUCCAUUCUGGAAACCAAUUUAUUUCCAGUGAUGAAGAAACAUGAAGAGAAUUACACCCCUCUCCUUCCUAAUGUUCACAAACUUAUCGACUUCAUCCAUUUUAAGGAUGAAAAAUACAAAGUCUGCUUCUACUACGCAGUGAAGGAAACUCUCGUAGCUAACACCCUCGAGGAGGCACAUGUCAUCGGGUAUGCUCACAAAAGGAGAGUAGUCACUGUCGGGGGAGAGUUAAUAGAAAACGAUGGUCGCAUAUGUGGUGGUGGGGUGCCAAACAACCAAGGGAAAGAUACAAAUAGUGGAAUGGCUAGAGGAUCCAUAAGAAGGGGUUCCGCCAACGGAGAAACGGAAGAACAAGAAAGACACUCCGCAAGUACAUUCUUCAAGGAGGAGGCCCAGUCGCAAUAUGACCAAAGCGAUGUCGACAAGAUUGAAGGGGAUAUUAAGGGAGCGAGCAAACAUAUGGACGAGCUGAAACUACGGAAGGGAAAUCUCCUGAACGAAAUAAAAGAGAUAACCACACUUAUAGAUGACAACGAAUGUAAGAUAGAAAUUGCGAAGAAGAGAAUUGAGAAUUGCAAAAAACAACUAAAGGACAUCGAAGGACAAUUACAAAACUCCGAUGUGCCAGAACUCACCUCGGAAGAGAAGAAGGAACUGGAAUCUAUUAAAGAAAUGAUAGAAAAAAAAAAUGAUGAGAAGAACAAAGUCGAGAUUCUACUUAAAGCACAGGAAAGUAAAGUGAAAAUGUAUUAUGAACAACUCCAGGAUGUCGGAGGAGAGAAAAAAAAAACACUUAAAAAUAAAUUAUUGCAUGCGGAAAGACAAUUAAAUAUCACCAGGGAUGAAAUAGCCAAACACAGCAGUGAAGAGGUCAACGCCCUGGCUAAUCUACAGAAGGGAGAGAAGGAUAUACUUAAAUUUACGGAUGAAAUUGAAGAAUAUGAAAAGAACGAGAAGGAACUAGAGAAUGAGCUGAAGGAUCUAGAGACAAAAGGAUCCGUGGUGUAUGAAGAAAUAGAGAAGAUGGAGAAGGAGCUAGCCAAAGUGCAAACGCAGAUGAAGCAGAACCAAAAGAAGAAGCAACAAAUUGAUGAAAACAUUUCGAAGAAGGAUCUAGAGAAUGUGGAUCUAGUGUACAAGACAGAGAAUUUACAAAAGGAAAUAGAGCAACUCCGACACAGGGGUGUUGCCUACGAAGGUAAGAUUGACGAGUACACACGGUUGAUUGACCAGGCUGAUAGGGUUGUCGUGGAGAACAGACCGUGUCGUGGAAAUAGCGCGGGUAGCUCUGACCGUAGUACAGGCGAGGAAAGCGGUGAGGAGGAUGACAUGGAAUAUGACGAUGAGAAUGAUGAUGAAGCGGUGGGGGGAAAGAGAAAGCGCAACUCGGGGGGAGGAGGGAAUAUCAGCAAGAGGAAGAGAGGGAAGGGCGAUGUACAAGAUGAUGGUGAGGAUGACUGUGAAGGUGAAGAGCAGGAUGACCACGUAGGUGAUGAUGACCAUGAAGAUGAGGGAGUGGUGUGCCCUCGUCAGCACGACGAGGAACAGGAGGAGGAACUCAAAGCCCUGGAAGACAUGGCUUGCGAUAACGAAGAAUGGAGCGAUCUCGAAACUGAGUACGACUACUUAAACGUAACGGAAGAACAACUUGAAGUCAUCAACAAAAAGGAACUGGAGACCAAACUGGAAAGUAAGUUACUCCUAUUACAGAAGAAGGCACCGAACCUUAAGGUUUUCCAAGAUUAUAAUGUGAAACUGUAUGAUUACAUGAAAAGGAGAAAAGAUGUAAAUAAAUCCAAGAAGAAAAAGUAUAAGAUAAAAAAGCAGUAUGAUGGCCUAUGCAAUAAAAGAAGGAAGGAGUUCCUCCUGGCAUUCAACAUUAUCUCUGCAAAGCUGAAAGAGAUGUACCAAAUGAUAGCUAUAGGUGGAGAUGCAGAGUUAGAAAUAAUAGAUUCUUCAGAAAUUUUUAAUGAAGGAAUUCUUUUUUCUGUUCGACCUCCGAAAAAAAGCUGGAAACAUAUACAGAAUUUAUCCGGAGGAGAGAAAACACUUAGCUCCUUAGCUCUUGUUUUUGCUCUUCACUACUUCAAGCCAAACCCCAUCUACUUCAUGGACGAGAUCGAUGCUGCACUCGAUUUCAAAAAUGUCUCCAUCAUUUCCCACUACAUCAAAACCAAGACUAGCGAUGCCCAGUUCAUUGUCAUUUCUUUGCGAAACCAAAUGUUCGAACUGUGUGACAGGAUGAUUGGUAUUUACAAGACCAAUGAUAUAACCAAGUGUAUAACCCUUAACCCGGGAAGGUUCCAGGGGGAUCAGCCCAGGGAAGAACAGGUGGAGGAGGAGGACCCGCAAGAAAAAAUCCACGAACCUACCAGUGCAUACGUUGCGGUGCCCAUGUGA